GAAGCUUGGACCUUUCGGACUGUAGGGAAAAGGUAAUAGAGAAGAGGAAACCUGAGCAACAAUUGUGGAAUAUUAUGGAAGAAGAUGGAAAAAACUUAAUGGGUUAGGAGAGUGGCGACCGCUCUGAGACAUGGAUAGAUGCAAACAUGUGGGGCGGUUACGACUCGCCCAGGACCACUCCAUCCUGAACCCUCAGAAGUGGUGCUGCCUGGACUGCGGCACCACCGAGUCGGUGUGGGCCUGCCUCAAGUGCUCGCACGUGGCCUGCGGCCGCUACAUUGAGGACCACGCGCUGAAACACUUUGACGAGACGGGGCACCCGCUGGCCAUGGAGGUCCGGGAUCUCUACGUGUUCUGUUACCUGUGCAAGGACUACGUGCUCAAUGACAACCCGGAGGGGGACCUGAAGCUGCUGAGAAGCUCCCUCCUGGCGGUCCGGGGCCAGAAGCAGGACCAGCCGGUGAGACGCGGACGGACGCUGCGAUCUAUGGCUUCGGGGGAGGACGUGGUCCCGCCGCAGCGCACUCCUCAGGGACAGCCGCAGAUGCUCACGGCUCUGUGGCACCGGCGCCAGCGCUUGCUGGCCAGGACGCUGCGACUGUGGUUCGAGAAGAGCUCGCGGGGCCGGGCGAAGGUGGAGCAGCGGCGGCGGGAGGAGGCGCUGGAGCGCAAGAAGGAGGCGGCGCGGCAGCGGCGGCGCGAGGUGAAGCGGCGGCUGCUGGAGGAGCUGGCCAGCACCCCUCCGCGCAAGAGCGCGCGCCUGCUGCUGCACGCGCCCCGCGCCGGGCCCGCCCCGCGCCCCGCCGCCCUCGCCGCGCCUCGCCGCGCGCCCGCCAGCGCCAGCGCCGCCCCGCUCAAGCCGCGCCGCCUGCCCACCGUGGCCCCCGGCGUCACGGGCCUGCGCAACCUGGGCAACACCUGCUACAUGAACUCCAUCCUCCAGGUGCUCAGCCACCUCCAGAAGUUCCGGGAAUGCUUCCUGAACCUCGACCCUUCCACCUCCGAGCACCUGUUUCCCCAAGCCACCAACGGGAAGCCUCAGCUCUCGGGCAGGCCGCCCAGCGGCUGCGCCUCCGCCCCCGAGCUGUCAGCCAGAAAUGACAGGGCCGACGCGUGCGAGCGGGAGGGCCUCUGCUGGAACGGGGCCUCCAUCAGCAGGAGCCUGGAGCUCAUCCAGAACAAGGAACCCAGCUCCAAGCACAUUUCCCUCUGCCACGAACUGCACACCCUCUUCCGAGUCAUGUGGUCCGGGAAGUGGGCCCUGGUGUCGCCCUUUGCCAUGCUUCACUCGGUGUGGAGCCUGAUCCCUGCCUUCCGCGGCUACGACCAGCAGGACGCACAGGAAUUUCUCUGCGAGCUCCUGCACAAAGUGCAGCAGGAACUCGAGGCCGAGGGCUCCACUCGUCGAAUCCUCAUCCCCUUCUCCCAGAAGAGGCUCACCAAGCAGGUCUUAAAGGUGGUCAACACCAUAUUCCACGGACAGCUGCUCAGUCAGGUCACGUGUAUAUCAUGCAAUUACAAGUCCAAUACCAUUGAGCCCUUUUGGGAUCUGUCCCUGGAAUUCCCUGAACGCUAUCACUGCAUAGAAAAGGGGUUUGCUCCUUUGAAUCAGACAGAGUGCCUGCUCACGGAGAUGUUGGCCAAGUUCACUGAGACAGAGGCCCUGGAAGGGAGAAUCUAUGCUUGUGACCAGUGUAACAGCAAACGACGAAAAUCCAAUCCAAAACCCCUUGUUCUGAGUGAAGCUAGAAAGCAGUUGAUGAUCUACAGACUACCUCAGGUCCUCCGGCUGCAUCUUAAAAGAUUCAGGUGGUCUGGCCGUAAUCAUCGAGAGAAGAUUGGGGUCCAUGUCGUCUUUGACCAGGUAUUAACCAUGGAACCUUACUGCUGCAGGGACAUGCUCUCCUCUCUUGACAAAGAAACCUUUGCCUAUGAUCUCUCCGCAGUGGUCAUGCAUCACGGGAAGGGGUUUGGCUCAGGACACUACACAGCCUAUUGCUACAACACAGAGGGAGGUUUUUGGGUCCACUGCAAUGACUCAAAGCUGAAUGUAUGCAGUGUCGAGGAAGUGUGCAAAACCCAGGCCUACAUUCUUUUUUACACUCAAAGAACAGUGCAGGGCAAUGCAAGAAUCUCAGAACCCCAACUUCGAGCUCAGGUGCAGUCCAGCAACAAGGAUGAAAGCAAACCACAGCCGUUCCCCUGACGGAGGCACAUGUCAAAGACUGGCUUGCUUUGAAUCUAUUGAUGCCCAUACAUCUUUCCUCUCAUAGGAAAGAAGACUUACUGCAGGAACAGAUUACUGGGUUUGCCUCACUGGGUCUAGAAUAGAAGGUGCUAGGUGAUUCCUGUCCUGUCAUAAAAUUUGUAGUCACUUUGUUUUGAAUGCAUUUGGAAAUUCCCUCCUUUCAUAAAACGAAUCAAAAGGAGUAACUUCUAUGAAGAUUCUUUUGUCAGUUGCUUGUGAAUAUAGAGGGAUCUGGGUGGAGGAAAGGGGAAGAGCAGGCAUGUCUUCUCUUUGUUAUGUGAGCCCCUACUAACAGGACCUCCUUGUAGCACCACAAGAAUGCUCUCAAUGUGAGCAGUGCUGGACAGAGCCCAUGAGGUAGGGCCUUUGGCUGGCAGCUUGCUAGAUGGGAUGGUUCCAAGGUGUGAUUUAUUCCCACAAAGGAAGUGAACUUCAAGGGUCGAAAACUUGCAUACUUCCUUUUUUAAGGGAUAGCAAUUGAAGAGUAGAAUGAGAUGCAUGAAGCGAUUUCCCCAUGUAGAAUGGGAGGGCUUUCAUAUGUCGUCCCCUCCCUGGCUGCUGCUGCUAUUCAGUCAACAGUUCAAGUAAGGAAGCUAUAGAGUAGCACAUGUUCUUUGUUGUAUGCUAAGCCAAAGGGCAUUCCUGGCUCUUCCAGUUCUGUAGCAGAUCCCUGGUUCAGGUCAAGGACAAGCUUGUGGUUUGCCUUAGGUUGGUCUGUGGGUCAGUUGUCUGAGGUUUUCUCAGGAUGAGCAGGGCUUACUGCCCAUUCUUGAUGUACAGGCAGGUUCUUUGCCUGCAGCUUCUUUCUCACACCUGGAGAAUGAGCAGAGCAUUGGUGGUCACAAGGUAUGGGAACUUUUGCUCUCCUAGGGUGUGGUUAUUGCUUAGGAAUCUACUUCUGUGUGUCCAGUUUAUUGCUGAUGGCCCUGACCUGUUCCUUUCCAUUCUGCUACCCUCAACUGUUGCUUUCACCCACCUGUCCUCAGUUCAUCAGACAGAAAAGCAAAAGUGCCCUGUACUUUUCUCUGGUGCUAGUGAAAUAUAUCUUUCUUUUUUAACUGGUUGAGUUUCUAAAUGGAAUGAGACUGUCUGGACAAACCCUUCCUCCCUAUCAGGCACCAGUUUCCCUUCUCAGUGCUUCACUCACACUUGCCAGUGCAGCUGAAGGCAAGCCCCAGCUCUCAUUGCAGUGACUGCCACAGUGAGCCCCAACCUGU